AUGGGUGUUUACUUAGCAGCGCUCUUUUCGUUGUUGGUCAUUGAAAUGGCUAUCCUUUUUGUUUUGGUGCUUCCACUUCCACAACGUAUGAGAAGGUGGCUGUACACGAGGUACAAUGCCAUAAGUUCUAAUAAGAAAUUUAGAACAUACAUGAUAGGAAUCAUGAUGCUUGUUGGUCUGUUGUUCGUUGAUUCAUGGAAGAGAUCACAGGUCAAAGUGUCUACGUACCGUGAUCAGAAAAAUUCCUUUGUAAUAAAUAGUGUAACUCCAGUCGAUGCGCUGGCUUCAAGGGCAUACAAUCAAAGAAAUGUUUACAUUUCAGGCUUUAUCAUCUACUUUUGUAUAUGCAUACUUACGGUUAUGAGUAUUUUACGAAGGAUAGUGGAGUGGAAUGAUAAAGUAAAAGCUGGAGAUGCGAUUCUGAGGGAACGGUUAAAGCAAAAGCAAAAAUACUUGAAAAAGUUGCAGAGGAAGGAGUUGUGUAGAGAGAAACGGAGCUGA